AUGCCGUCGGACAUCCAAGUCUUUGUGAAAUGGAAAGAUCAGACAAUAUUCGCCGGUGAGGAUGUGGAAUGUACCAUCACCUUUAAGAACGUUGCGGAGGGAAACGUGGAGAGCAACAAUGGCAGGCAGCUCUCACCUCAAAGGAAAUCGUCUCGGCCGGGCAGUAGCACGCCUCACUCAGACUCCUUCUUCUCCCUGAAAUCGCCGAGGAAUCUAUUUUCCAACCCAAAUCGCCGAUCCUCGACGACGUUCUCCAGGAGAAGCCCAUCCCAUCGCGUUUCUUCAUCCUUAAGUUCACCAUUGGUCGGUUCCCAUAGCUUUCCGCCUCCUUCGACACCUCGCAAUGGCCCACCCCCCGGUCACAAGCACAAGCGAUCCAUUUCGAUAUUAUCAAUUGAUAGCGAAGGAGGCGGGGAUAGGACCCCGAAAACGUCUUCGCCCUUCACCCGCUCGAGGCCAGCCAGAGGUCAUGGGCGUUCUGCGAGUUUGCAGGUGGUACCCAGGCGAUUCGAAGGCUAUGAUGACAUAUUUCCCAAGGGCGGGCGUCAUACCACGCGGGGUGUCCCACCUCCUGAAUCUUCCAUGAACGCCUCUCCACAAAGUCUACGAGUUGAUGUGGACGCGGCGGCCAGGGCUAGUCGCUCUAGGUCCGGUACGAUGAGCCCGAUUAAAUCAGCCGAAUCACCGCGAGGGCCUACGCGUCGACCUCAAUUGCCUCCAAUGGACUUCAAAUUCCCACCUCCCGCGAGCGACACGAGCAAUCCACGACCCGGUGCAUCACCAACGAUACCGGCCGGGGAGCAUGGCAACGCAAUAACGGUAGCAAAGUCGAAUGGUAAAGAGGCCUCUGCCUUAGCUGCGCCAGGCCACUUGCCGCAGCUCACUAAGAUUAUGUCGACGUCGAGCUUGAGUGGCAGCCAUAGAAGCAGCGGCGAAUUCUACUCUGUGGGGAAUAAUUCCUCGGAAACUUUGCAGUCGGAAUACACGAACUACUCUAUGACAGUCCCACGAACACCUGUCUCUCGACACGGGCGACACAUGUCCAGCGUUGACUCUGCGGCCUGGCUGCCCAACGGUCAGACGUUGCUCAUGGGUUAUGCCCAGAUCAGUGCAUCAUUUACAGUGGAUGGGUCACUAAUCAACCAGUCGGCUUUUGAGGAAGUCAAAAGGAAAGGCGUAGUGGGUGACCAAGGGAAUGCUGCCGGUAUGUCCAACGGACGAAGCGCUCCAAGCAGCGACAAGAAUCGUAAAGGUGGUGGUUUCUGGGGCGCUUUUAAAUGGAACGCGAUUGAGGAGUCCAUCAGCGGUCUACUUUCCAACAAUGAGCUUGAUGGCCUACGCGAUAUGCGAGGUGUCACCUCAUCACGAUCGAUACCGUUACUAUCCACAUCCCAGUCGCUUCUCUUCGUGGAUCUCCGACUAGCACCCGGAGAAGAGCAAUCCUACUCAUUUUCCUUCACUUUGCCCCGUGGCCUCCCUGCUAGCCACAAGGGAAAGGCCAUAAAAAUUUCCUAUAACCUCGUCAUUGGCACACAACGACCAAGUGUCCGUAAUGAACCCCAGCGUGUCAAUCGCAUUACUAUACCAUUUCGGGUAUUUUCCGGUGUCGAUGGUCAAGGGGAUAUCCUUGGCCAUGACUUGAUGAACCCCUAUGUGCUUCUCCGAGAUGAAGCUAGAGUACAGAAGGUUGGGCCGAGCCCGCCGCCAUCUACCAAGACUAAGAGCAUCAGCGGUACCGCGUGGAACUCAGCGCCUGAGUUCUUGGGCUAUGUUGAUGAUAUUCUCGAACAACGCUCCCAGGGCGCUCUUCUACAGCCCCCUGAGACACCUCUAGAAAAGCGCCCAAGCCUCGACCUGUCCUUGGGCCCACUGUCCUGCAAGGAUGCUAUUGAUCUCGCGAUUCUCCGAAGCAACCAGGCUCUUAACUCGUCGCGCAGCCCCAAUCGAUUUGAGAUUGCACGCAAUGGGCGUCGGAUUGCCGUUGUGGUGCUCAAUCGACCAGCCCAUCGAUUAGGAGAAACUAUCAUUGCUACGGUGAACUUUGCCGGUGCCGCGCUCCCCUGCUAUGCGAUUCGAGCCACGCUAGAGACGUCGGAGAAAGUGACCGGGCCAUUAGCCGUGCGGUCGGGCGCAAGCAUCCGACGUGCCACUCGAAAAGUACAUGCUUCUUUCUUCGAAAACACCCUGUAUUCCACGCGAGUCGUCUUUAGCCCUGCGAUCCCCAUCUCUGCCACUCCUACGAUCCUAACCACUGGAGUCAACCAUGAGUGGGAAUUACGGUUUGAGUUUGUGACGCCAACCAUGCACCCCGACUCUGGGGUCGGCCCGUCGGGCGCUACAUUACUCGAAACCGUGCAUGAAGACGACCGGGGACGGAUUAUGAAUGCUUUAGAGAACAUCGGGUGUGAGUCGUUUGAGAUUGCGAUCCCGCUCACGGUAUAUGGGGAGACGGUCCGAGAAAGACUCCCCGAGGAGAAUGAAGGAUACUCUAUAUAA